AUGACGGCCGACGCCACAGCUUUUCGAAAGGCCACUUCAUGGAAGAUUGAAUGGAUCGGAAAUAACAACGUUGACAAAACCGGCACACAGGAUCAUGUGUUACGCCAUCUGACGGACGAAAUGUUCCCGAUCUUAUCCUUCACGGCAAAGAAGGGCCGGUUGUGGUCCGCCGUCACCAGGGAACAGCUGUGCAAACUUCUCAGGUGGAAGGCCGGGAUUUACAAGAUUCUUGUGCCUGACCAUGUGCGGAAACUCUACUUUGACGUGGACAAGGCCGAGACCCCGCUAAGCGAAAUCAAGAGGGUCAUACUCGGGGAGUUUCAAAAUGCCCGACUCCAGAUAUCGGGCAGAGAAGGGUCCUGGCACAUCAUCCUUUCAAAUUACUACGCGCAAAACCUGGAGGCUAUGGGACCCGUUGUGCGUUUCGUCCAUCAAUACAAAGAGCUAGGAUUUGACACCCAUGUCUACACGAAAAAUCGAAACUUCAAGUGCAUCAACCAGGCGAAGCCCAAUCAACCCAGGCAAGCUUACAUCGAGGGAGACGCGGAAUGGUCAAAGCAUCUAGUAAUGCACGAUUUUGACGACCAUGCUGUUGAUAUUGCGACGCUCUCUUUUCCCAUGCUUCCAGAACUCGCCACGAAACGGCGAGACGGCUCCCCUGCCACCAAGUUAAGCAUCCUGGCUUUGCCAAAGAAAACGCUCAAAGUCCCCACCGAUUUCGGUUGGCUCACCGCAGAACCUCUCGGCAAACUUGCCAUCUUGCCCUGCGCCAAGCGGGCGGAAGACGGCUUUCUUCGGCACGACAUUAUCUGGCGUGUCAUGCUCUGGUGUUGGGACGUUGGAAUUGACUAUGAAUGUUAUGAUCUCGACGACGGGGGCGGAAGCGAAGUAGAGAAGACAGGGCGAGUGUGA